GCCAGUUCUAUACUUCUUCUGCUUAAAAUAUCCUCAUUCUGCCAUUCUCCUAUGCUCUGAUAGUAGUUCUUUUUAUUUUAGUUAGAAUUUUUCUAUCUUUUCUUUUGAUUUCACAGGGACUAGCAGAGUCGAUUUCAGAAUUACAGAUAAUCUGAUGCUGACCAGCAGAGAGUAAAAUGGUGCACCAGCCCACCACCAGCUUCUGUCCUGGACAAACGGCGAGCAGCUCACCCAUCUGUGGAGCCAGGCUGGCUGCCGCACCGGGCACCAACGUGGAAGGAAGGUUUGUGGAUUCAACUGUAAAACUUACUGAGAGGGUGAAACUGGAAUGCAUAUAUCCCAAAAAAGCCACGAUAAUCCAGACAUCCUGGAUGAAACUUAAUGUAACUCAUAAAGAAAAUAUAGCUGUCUUGCAUCCAAUGUACGGCAUACAUAUUGAAGACAAAUACAAUGGAAGAAUUUAUUUUGAAAAUGCUUCCAGGGAAGAUAAGUCCUUAUCCUUCAUCAAGAGCACUUUGGAGGAUGUUGGUCUUUACUUUUGCUCCAUUGUAACUUACCCAGAUGGAAUUUGGGAAAAGGUAAUAGAAAUUAUUCAGCCAGAUGCUUUUGAAGUAUCUGAGAAACAAAAUAAUCCCGUGUUUACCAAGCCAGGAGGAAAUGUUGCUUUUACUUGCCCUUAUAAAAUUGGAGAUUCAGUGCAGCAAGUGAUGUGGGAAAGGAUUAAAGCAGAUCGGGUCGAUAUCGUUGUUCUGUGCAACUCGUCAGGAAAGCGAAGCUUUGGUUCCGAUUUCAAAGAGCGUACACUGGUGGAUUGCUCUGAUCAGGCAAACUCCACGAUUGUCAUUCAAAACUUUACAGCCUCUGACUUUGCAACGUACCGCUGCGUAGCUACUGGAAGAAACAAAACCUAUGUGAUGAGUUUUACUGUGGCUGCAAGUUGGAAUCACAAAUGGUUUAUUAUCUGCAUAGCUGGAGGAAUUUCUGCUGCUGUCUUACUGUUAGUUUUCCUACUGAUUUUCUGCAUCACCACUGCUUAUCGCAAAAAAAAGAAGAGGAAGAGGAUCACAGAGGCCUUAUCAAAAGCUUUGUACUCUACUCAGACCUGGCCUGCUAACAGUUAUGGAAGAUCCAAUUUUCAUGGCACAUGGAACACAGAAAGAAGAGGAGAAGAAUCAUCACUCAGGCAGACAGAGGCAAUUUAUGUCAACUGCAGAAGUCUCACACAAACCUAAGAAAAGACUGAGUAAAAUGCAUUAAGAGUUAUGAGAAGAGGAUGAGCACCCGGAUAACCACGGGACAAACACAUCAUGAGUUUGCCAACACUUCCUUUAAAAUAAGAGAGCCUCAGGA